GUGGAGUUGUCAAAGAGAAUUCAGCGUCAUUUACAUUUUAUUUUUUUGAUCUUGAAGUUUUUGCCUGUAUUUUGUUUUUCUAAGAGUACAAAAUCAGUGUAUUACAAACAGCAGGAAAAGAAAAAUUUAGAUAAUGUCUGAAAAAAAGGAUGCUUCAGAUAUUACUGAAGAGAAAGAAUCUACACAUGAUGAAGAAGAUGCUUCAAACACUGCUAGCACAAAAAGUGCUUCAAGUGAUAUACCAAGUUUGGUUUUUGAAAGAGAUGUUUCAAAUGUAUUGCAAAAGCUUGAAUUUAGAGAAACUCUGACUAAAGUUAUAAAUGUUGAAGAUAGAAUAAUAGAUGAUAUAGGGAACAUUUUGCAUGUUACAUCUACAGCUCUUGCUUCUCAAAUAAAGAAGAUAGCUCCAUCUUUAAAUAUUACUGAUCAGGCUGUCUUGGAUGCAGUAAAAGAUCCUUCAGAUACUUCAGUGACUAGUAAGAGUACAUCAUCUACUGUUGUACCACAAGUUAAGGUUGUUCAGUUUGGUCCUGUUAGAAAGAUCAGUAUAAUUCCUGAGGAUAGGCAUGAUGAAACUGCAGGAUUGCAUGAUCAAUGUACAGAAAUCGAAAUUGAUGGCAAAAUAAAGAAAAUUCCGGUUUCUAUGAAUACGAAGCGGCAGCGUAGAAACACUUUAAUGAUUUUACCUAAAAAAAUACCUUGGUAUACAAAACUAUUCAAUACAUUAUAUGCUUUAUUUUCAACCCUAUAUGAAUAUCAGCUGUGGCAUGAGGAUUUGAAAAUAAUUGAAGGACGAUUUGGAACUUCUGUGGUUUCAUAUUUCCUUUUUAUAAGAUGGCUUCUGUUUAUGAAUUGCAUUAUACUAAUGUUAAAUUUGAUUUUCCUGGUUCUGCCUCAGAGUACAGUUCCUUAUCCAGAAGAUGGUAAGAGUUUCAUCAAUAGGACUUUUAAUCACUCGAUGUAUCAAAUGGAUGAUUUUCUGGAUAAUGAUUUUGAUGAAAUGUAUCAAGAAAAUAUUUAUUCCAUAAAAAACAUCCAGCUGUCUGAAAUAAAUUCAAAGGCAGUUAUAAAUAAACCAUUGGUUGAUAAUUCUUCACAAAUAAUGGAAAUAGUUUCAUACUGCCAGAAGAGAUACAGAGCUGAAAAAGGCAGAAUGAAAUAUACUGGGUUUCUUGCAAAAAUUCAAAGUAUUUUGGAUGGAAGGGGAUGGUUGGAAUCAACAUUGCUGUUUAUAGGAUCCUAUGCCAGGGAAGGAGCAGAAUUCUUUGGUCUUAGUUAUAAUGUGCCUUUAGCUUUCCUAUGGGUGUUCACCAUUUCAUUUAUUAUUUACUUGAUUAUGAUGGUUCGAUAUUCAUCAACCGGAAUUCAAGAAACAUUCCUGACUCGUCAGAAAGCAAUCAGUUUUGCAAAUGGUGUAUUUUCUGCUUGGGAUUUUUGCAUUAAGACACCGAAAGCUGCAAAACUUCAUCAUGACAGCAUAUUUGUUACACUUAAGGAACAAAAAAAGAAAAAAUUGCAAGUUGCCGGUUUCCGAACUCUGCUAGUUCAAUAUCUCCCACCUAUUACAGUUACAGGCAUUUCUUCCAUUUCUCCUAUAGUUUUUAAAUUUUUAAUUUCCUUUGAAAAAUACCAUGGUCUAUCUGAAGUCAACCAUUUACUUGUCAGAAAUGUUUUUGUAUCUCUUUCAUCAGUCAUAGUCCUAGUUUACACAUUUCAUAGAGAAGUUACCUGUACACCCAAAGAUAUAUGCGGAGCUGGGAAAGGUCCUGAUUGCAAAACCCCAAAAUGCUGGGAAACACAUGUUGGUCAGCAAUUGUACAAGCUCAAUCUUUCUCAAUUAUUUGUUAUUGUGGCAUCAUUUGCUCUUUUUGAUGUACCAAGAGAGUACUUUGUUAGAAAUUGGAAAAAUAAACUUUCAAAUCUUAUUGGACGAGCAACUUUUUUUCUCCCUACCGAAGUUUUGGUUGCAGUUUAUUCUCAGACAAUUUUAUGGCUUGGGGCAUUCUAUUCUCCUCUACUUCCUCUGACUAAAGUUCUAGAAUGUAGUCAACCAUCAAAAGUUCUUUAUAAAGCUUCUCGAUUUAAUUCUACCUUCAUUAAUAUUUUGAUGCUCUCCUUUUUUUCUGUACUAGUGGUACACUUUUACACACUUACACACAUUCGUCCUUCACUUGGAUGUACACCUUUUAGUCAUUAUAAUUCAAUGCUGAAUGCUCUUAGAGAUGCCUUUCAAUUUUUGCCAUUCGACAUUGUGCACUUUUUCAAAAUCCUUUUAAGUGGAUGGGUUUUCGUACCUUGUUCCAUUAUUUUGUGUGUAACCAUUUUCUACUAUCGAAAAUAUCUUGAUUUCUUAGAAAACAUGGAGGAGAAUUUAAAAACAGAGCUUACAAUUUUAGGACAAGAUAAGAGAUAUAUACUUCAACGAAUUGAAGCUUUGGUAAAAGAAAUCUAAUAUUUUUGUCUCUGCAUCAUCUUCGUAUGAUUUUCUUACCUUUCUUUUUGUCACUAACUUCAUUUCUACAUCAUUACUCUAUGGUCUAAGAUUAAGUUUUGAAUUUAUUAUAUUUAAAAUGGGUAGGAUGGUUUUUUUAAAGUAUUUGUUUAUUUAUAAAAUUCACUGAAAUGAGUGAUUUAUAUAUUAUACAUAUUAUACAAAGAUAAAAUUUCCUUAAGUGAAAAAUACUAUCCUUAUAAUUUGGUUACACCAAAGUUUUGUAAUUCUAUUCCAGACAGAGAUUCUUAGGU